CUUCCAGAAUGGGUUUGCUGUUGUGAGGCCCCCAGGCCAUCAUGCUGAAGAAUCUGCAGCCAUGGGGUUCUGCUUUUUUAAUUCAGUUGCAAUUACCGCCAAAUACUUGAGAGACCAACUAAAUAUAAGCAAGAUAUUGAUUGUAGAUCUGGAUGUUCACCAUGGAAACGGUACACAGCAGGCCUUUUAUGCUGACCCCAGCGUCCUGUACAUUUCACUCCAUCGCUAUGAUGAAGGGAACUUUUUCCCCGGCAGUGGAGCCCCGAAUGAGGUUGGAGUAGGCCUGGGAGAAGGCUACAACAUAAACAUUGCCUGGACAGGUGGCCUUGACCCCCCCAUGGGAGAUGUUGAGUACCUUGAAGCCUUCAGGACUGUGGUGAUGCCUGUGGCCAAAGAGUUUGAUCCAGACAUGGUCCUGGUCUCUGCUGGAUUUGAUGCAUUGGAAGGCCACAUCCCUCCCCUAGGCGGUUACAAAGUGACAGCAAAAUGCAAGUAUCUCUUUUAA